GAGCGAUCGACGCCAGGUUGAGACAGUGUGCGAAUUCCCGUCGACGCCGUCGAAACGAAGGCUCGCGAUCGGCCAUGCUGACCGCUGCGUGCUUCUUCGCCAACUGCGACCACCCUGCUGUCUUUGGCUCGUCCAAAUGUGUGCUGCACAAGCACCGGACCAAAUGCGUCGUCGACCAGUGCGCGAACCAAGUGUACGCCCGCAAUCUGUGCGUCCGACACGGCGGCAAGAAGAAGUGCACGUACGAAGACUGCCAGCUCAACGCACGGAUCGGUGAGUUCUGCUCCAAGCACGGCGGGAAGUCGUCGAAAGCCAUCUGCACCCAUGAAGGAUGCACGAAACAAGCCCACAAACGAAAAAAGUGCGUUCGCCACGGCGGUGGCCGCAAAUGCAAUGUCGACGGAUGCGACGUCCACGCGCGUCGAGGUGGGUACUGUGCCCGCCAUGGCCGUCAAGCCAAGAACGGCAACCUCGUGUCGUCACCAACGUCGACUGAAUCGUCCAAACCUCCCCAAGCCCCUGCAGUUCCUAUACAGUGCCCUCCACGAUUGACUCGGCUCGCCCUCGAUCCGUUGCCACGGCUGGGAAUCACCCCAAGACACGCAUUCCCUCCCUACAACACAGCGUACAGGUCUUCCCCGUCCGCAGCAACAACGUUGCUUCCGUUCAUGCAUCCUCCCCAACACCGACAUUACGAAAUGAUCGAGACUGCUCUGCGCCGUGACCACGAGCCGUUUGCGCCGCCGUAUGCGUUGCCACCGCCGCCUGCGCCAUCCAGCGCGUCCGUGCGGCUCCCCGCGCUCGGUUUUAUUCAAAGAGGGCCGCCUCCGACGAUGGCUCCGGUGGCCUACGGUCCCCUGUCGUCGUAUGCCCCCAACGAUCACGUUUUCGAGGUCAGCAUUCGUCAAUAAACGACUCGCGGCCUGCCCUGGUCUACGAAGUGAAUACACCGAUACGUUGUGGCCGACGUUGGGUCGCUGCCAUCGCUGUUCUGGCUCGAAUCGUCAUGCGCUGGACGUGGCUUCGUGCGCAGCAAGGGUCUGUGCGAUCGUUAAAAGAGUAUAGCUCCUUCGUGAUCACUGUGACUGGGAGCGAUAUAUGUUGAUGACCAAGGCCUCCAUUCGGUCCACGACUUGUUUGCAUUUCGACCCGACUACACUCUCCUCUGCGGAUGACGAUGGUUGAAUCGAAUUCACUGCUUGGUAUCAUGACGCCGACUGUGUCGACUUCAGAGCAAGAGCUCGAGCGCUUUCCUGCACCUUGCCAUCGCAUGUACGGUCCUUGUGGUUCAUAUUGCCCACGUGCCACCAACGCGUUUAUGAGAUCGAUGCAUGUAAUGACCGCCAACGUGGCAGACUCGAUUGCCUUCACACGUAGCGCG